UUGGGGCGUAAAAUGCCGUGAAGCCCGGCCGGCUGGGCCUGCGGGCUGUGAGAGUGACCGGGCCCGGCUCCCCCGCACUUAUAUGCCCCGUCCCCUGGCGGCCGCCUCCCCCUCCUGCUCCAUGUGGGGCCCGGGCCGAGGCCUCGGUGUCUCCCCCGCCUACUAUGGCCAGGAAAACAGUUAGCAGGAAGCGGAAAGCGGCGGCUGCCGCUGCGGCGGCGCCCGGAGGGCUCCGGGGGGAGCAGUAUGGCUGGGAUCACUCAGCUCACAAAAGGAAAAGACUCCCUCCAGUAAAAAAGUCUCUGGUGUACUAUCUGAAAGGCAGAGAGGUUCGGCUGCAGAAUGAAUCGAGCUACCACCGUUUGUUGCAUGGAUAUGCAGCACAGCAACUUCCCAGUCUCCUGAAAGAGAGAGAAUUUCAUCUUGGGACCCUUAAUAAAGUUUUUGCGUCUCAAUGGUUGAACCACCGACAAGUGGUGUGUGGGACAAAAUGCAACACACUGUUUGUGGUAGAUGUCCAGACUGGUCAAAUUACGAAGAUUCCUAUUCUGAAAGACCGAGAACCUGAUAUGGUAAACCAGCAGGGCUGUGGGAUUCAUGCAAUUGAGCUAAACCCUUCGAGGACGCUCUUGGCUACAGGAGGAGACAAUCCAAAUAGCCUUGCGAUUUAUCGUCUGCCUACGCUUGAUCCCGUCUGUGUGGGAGAUGAUGGACACAAAGACUGGAUAUUUUCUAUUGCCUGGAUCAGUGAUACUAUGGCUGUUUCUGGUUCCCGGGAUGGCUCGAUGGGUCUCUGGGAAGUGACAGAAGAGGUGUUGACUAAAAGUGAUGCCAGGCACAACCUCUCUCGAGUCCCUGUCUAUGCUCACAUAACACACAGGGCACUGAAAGAUAUCCCCAAGGAGAACACCAAUCCAGACAACUGUAAAGUCCGAGCACUGGCAUUCAACAAUAAGAACAAGGAGCUAGGAGCUGUGUCCCUGGAUGGGUACUUUCAUCUUUGGAAAGCAGAGCACACGCUAUCAAAGCUACUUUCCACCAAGUUGCCAUACUGCAGGGAGAAUGUGUGUCUGGCCUAUGGUCAGGAGUGGUCAGUGUAUGCAGUAGGAUCUCAGGCACAUGUCUCCUUUCUGGAUCCAAGGCAACCUUCCCACAAUGUUAAAUCCGUCUGUUCCAGAGAACGAGGCAGUGGAAUUCGGUCAGUGAGCUUUUAUGAGCACAUUAUCACAGUGGGAACAGGGCAGGGUUCCUUGUUGUUUUAUGACAUCCGAGCCCAAAGGUUCCUGGAUGAAAAGCCCAAUCACACUUGCCGUGGACAAAAACAGAAACUCGGAGGAAGUGAAAUUUUAAAGUUGACGACCGGGAAAGGCUGGCUUAAUCAUGAUGAAACCUGGAGGAAUUACUUUUCUGACAUUAACUUCUUCGCAAAUGCUGUUUACACCCACUGCUAUGACUCGUCUGGAACGAAACUCUUUGUGGCAGGAGGUCCCCUUCCAUCAGGACUCCACGGGAAUUACGCUGGUCUCUGGAGCUAAUGAGAACUCUUCCCAAAUGCCCAUCUUGACGCUGAUUUCCACCUUGUCUUUCCUUUUUUAACAAAGAAAUUGUGUCAUGACAUUGUUUUCUGGUUUAAAUGCAAGUUAUUUUUGGCAGAGUUUUUUUUCUGUUGGUCUUCAACAGUUUUGUACGUCUUUUUUUGAACCAGAUUUUGCUUUAACUUCCUUGAUCCUUUAUAUGAAGGGUUUUUUUAAAAUCCCGUUUUAUUGUAUUUACUCCAAGUGACUCUUCCCCAUAUAGGCUAACUCAGCCAUAUGCCCCCUACUUUGCUGUGCGGUAGGAUUCCUUUCUUAUAGAGUGGUUGCUGCCAGGCUUUCUGUGAAAGUCCAGGGGCUGUGUGUAUGCAGGUACUUUGUGUCGGUUACGUUACCUGGAGUGAGGACUACUUGUAAUUAAAAAUAUUAAAAAUAUUUAUGAGAUAAGCUACUCCUUUAUCUGCAGAGCCUGGCUCAGGCCUAGCUUGAUUUUUUUUAAAGUACAAGUCUAAUGACACUGUAUGCAUAAAGGAAAAUGUAUCGAAACCAUGUGCAUUGGAACCCAGGAACAGAGCACCACCAGUAACAUCUUACCUAGCUCAGAGUGUAGCAAGGACCCCCAAGCCUGGCAUCCCAACAGUGCAUGAGCAAAAUGACUGUCUCUUGUUACCCCUUCUCUCUCUAUCUUGAGUGUCAGUUGGAAAGGUUGUUGGACCUUCAGAGUAGGCUGUCUGUACUGCAGCGGCGGUAUUGUGUGACAUGACAGCUGUUAGGAUGGUGGACUGCAGCCGGGCACUAAGGGAAAUGGCAUCCCAGGAGGAGAUGGAUUUGCAUGGUGGCUAACCUAAUUCAAUCUGAUUAACUUCCAGAGUAGCUGGGGGUCCUCUGGGUGGCUGGGGCUGGAUGGCAGGGAGGAGCCAGGACUCCAGAUACCUGGAGUCUGCCUAAAGACACACACACCUCUUUCAUGCUGGAGACUUCCCCCUCCCUCCCCCCCCUUUAACAUUUCCCCUCUUGCAGUUCUCCCACCAACAGUGAGUAAUGUUGGCAGGAAUGGUUUUUGCUAGCCAGUUACUGCUAUUAAAGUUGAUGGGCAGGGAGAUGUUAUGCUAAUAUGUUCAUAUUUUUUUUCCUCCUGACCUUUGGAAGGAGGGUGGCAUAUGCAGUUGUUUGAUGCUAUUAGCAAAUACAGUUGUCUUCCUCUUUAAUGACUGUAGGCUUCAUUUUUUAAUGCAGGUUUGAAACUUACGAGGUAGCUAGACUUCGUGUUCAACUCAUCAUGUUAAGAAAAGCACAGGCUGUCACUUAGAUUUUAUAGGAAACUCUCCCCCCCGCCCCCCCCCGAGCACCUAGCUUAUUGUUAAGUCCUGCUUUGGACUUCACCAGGAGCUGUGAGUGCAGGAUGACAGUCUGGAUACGCUUCGCAAACAAAAUAUAGGCUCAGUCAUGGAGGGAUUGUGCAAUUCUGACGAGAAAAGAUGGUCUUGUGGCUAAAGCACAGGGUUAAGCAUUGGACUGGUUCUCUUCCUGGCUGUAGCUGCUGUUGCCCUGUCACUUCAUGUCUCUGUGCCUCACUGUGCAGAUCUGUAAUAUGCACACAUGGCACCUGAGGCUUAAUUUCUAACUUGAGAUUAUCAGACAAAAGACAUGGUAGAAGUGCAGGCUUUCCCUCCACAUUCUGAUUGCAUGUCAGGGUUAAGGAAAGGGUUGUCCCAUAUGCACACUGGGAUUUGAAGUAUAGGCCUGACUUGAUCACUUUGCAAACCAAGCAAUUUUACUGCUGCAUUCCAAACUUCUGCUAGUGGGUUGGUUGCUUAAAAUCUGCAUCAAAGCAAAAAUUGAAAAAUAAAUAUGGUUUUAUUACGCCGUUUCCAAGUAGUAGCUGUUAAAUGAUAGGGCUGUAAAUGAAGUAGUUCUCUCAGAACUUCCGUUGUUAAACGAAUGUAAAGAUUCUAAGUAUUUUUUUAUACUGUCACUAGUCACAGUUCCAUGAUGGGAACUUGUUGCUUUUGGGGUUUCUUUUAUGACUGUUUGGCAGGGCAGAGAUGUAGCAUUUCACUCUGCUCAGAAAUAUGCAAAGGAAAAUAUUUAUUUAACCUACAUGAAAUAUGGUGACAUUUCAUCUCUGUGAAGGAGUAGUCUUAAAUCCAGUCUAAGAUCACUCUCUCUUCUACUGAGAUGUUCUGCGUUCUCUUGGGGUGUAUUUUAUUCCCAGGCAGGUCCUGUUGUUUGGGGUCAGAUUUGCAAAGGCACUGAGCACUCGGCUCCAGCUGACAUCUCUGAGAGCAGAGCUCAGCUGUGUUAAAGUUGGGUCCACAGUGUUUAAUACCAUUUUAAAUACUUUUUUUUAAUGCUGAAGGAAGCCUUUUGGUCUUGAAAUCGAACUCCCUUUAUAGUUAAUCUUGUUAAUUUAAAACUCAUUUGUUUGUAACUUGGAACCUUUGGGGAAAUUGUUCUCUCCAGGUGAUUUGAGCAUUGUCCAAUGUAGAUGUGUUGGUGUUAAGGGGACACCAAUUUUAAAAUUAGUCAGUUUCAUUGUGAGGGGAGGGGGAUGUGGAGAUGUAGUUUCAAGUACUGCAUUUGCUCCUGAGCCUUCUGCCAGUGUGUUGUAUUCCUAUUGGUGACUGUUUCUGUUUUGGGGGGGAACUUUUUCCCUUGCAUGGAAAGCCCACACAAACAAGGUAAAUGGAAUAUACAUCCAGUGCUGUCCAAUGCAAAAAGAAAACUGAGAAAUACUUUAAUCUUAGUAAUCGUGUGUUGCUUUUAACAGUAAUAGAUUAUAAAGUUUCAGACCAGUGUUUUAAGUAGCUGUCCCUUCAAGAUGGGAUGCCUUACUGUGAUGUGAUCCUGAGUAUCCGUAGUCAAGUAUUUCUUUUGAUCCAUUGAGCAGUUAUGGAAACAGGCUGGGAGGGGAAGUGACUUGCCAAAUGUCUCUCAGUAAAUCAGAAGUAGAAACAGGAAAAGAACCUAGGUUUCCUGAUUUCUAGCCUAUGCCUGUUCCAUUGCACUAUGCUCCCUAGACUAUACAGUUUUAGAUUUAAAAUUGAAAUACCAGAACAUGGCAGGGGGGAUAGUAGCAUGUGGGGAUCCAAAUAUGGGUCACUGGUUUGCUGGUACAGCAGUGGGGAGGCUGUGAGCCCAGCCAUGGAAGUUGGUGUGAAGGCAAAGCUCCCAUCUCUCAAGCAACAGUAGAGAAACGCUAUUGGGGGUGAAUAUGGCCUGACUAGAUUUCGAUAGCUUUAAAAUAGGGUACAGAAACCCAGUGGUGGUCUCACUUUCUUUGUAUAUUAGCAAUUUUUCCAAGUGCUCAAAGUCAGAUAUCUUAAUGACCUUUUUUUCCCCUUCCUCAGAGUUGCUUUGAGGGAAAAUAAGGUUCUUAAGGAUCAUUCAGACAGACCUGCAUUUUUCUGAUAUUUGAUAUUAUAUUAACCUGGUAUCCUAUUUGCAUUGUAAUGUCUCAAGCAGUUUAUUUGAUCAUCCAGCACUUUUCAUAAGGCUGCUGUGCAAAGCAUGGCAUCCUUGAAGCAUCAUAUGACUUUGUUCUAAUGUAGCAGAUUAAUUAUUUAACAGUGAUGGACCCACUAGUAGCCAACUCAUGAGUACUGACUGGCAACUCUACAGCAACUAGCCAGUGUGUUCAUGAUGAGAGAGAACCCGUUUCCAUUUUCUUCCUAAACUGUCCAGCUUUUUCGAUUAUCAAGUUCAGCGUUAUUCCCCAGGCCACUUUUCUAUUAACCCCUCCAACCUUAGUCCAUCAUCUCACAGUCUGUCCUGCCAGCCAAGGAAGCUUGACACAGCUCUCUGCAGCAUCACUCUGAGGGAGCUAGAGGCCACGUUAGACCAAGCAGCCUCCUGUUAGAGGCUGAGCGUGUUACCACCCCAGCUCAGGAGAGCCACAGACCAAGCACAAGUUUCAUUGAGAUUCAUAGUUUGUGUUAAUCCUGGGCCAGUUCCAGUGGUCCCAAAGAUAGUACAUUUCUAAGCUAUUUAAAAAACCCACUUGAGACUGGUCUAAUUCAACACCCAUUGAAGUCAAUGCAAAAAUACAUUAUCAUAAUAAUCCUUGACUGGUAGUUUUCAUACCUUCAGGAGUGAGUCACUUCCAUCUAAACCUUGCUCACUGAGGUGCUGCUCUUGUGAGAAGUUUGUAGCUGCAAAGUCCCAGAGAAGAUGUGUAUUUUUCGGCCUCCCCUCUUUGCAGUGGUAUCAAAGAAGCUCUGAGAGUGACUCAUCCCCAAAUUGCAUCUCCAUCUGACAAUGUUGCAUCUGUUGUCAAAAGCAACUGCAGGUCUUUGAAAACAGAAAGAUCAAUUUAUUUUUUUCAGAUUGUCUUGUGGAUUUGACAGCAGUUCAUGGAGUGUUGGUUUCACUGUGGCAUUGGUGGUCAGUUGCAUCACUCCCAUGCCCUAAUCUUGGGGGAGAGGGGAAAGUAUUCACACCCUGCUCUGCUCUAGGGGCAGUUUGUGUAUGCUGUUCUCCUGGGUCUGCAAGUAGCAGCAUAAGGGGCAGGCAGGAGUGUGCACAGAAAGGAGGGCAGGUUUGGUGUUCCUCUCAGAACCACCCAGAAGUUGUAUUUAAAGGAGAAACUUGAUUUUUGUUUUAAAAAAAAAAAAAAAAACUUGGGUUGAUAUUGGCCCUUUAUGUGGAAUCUGUUCUGGCUGUUUUCCAUGUGCUUGAAUUUAUUGCUUGGGAAUUAGGUAAUUCUUGUAGCUGCAUCUGUGCUGGGUCUCCUCAUCAAAAUUGGAUACUUAAAAAUCCUGUAGUAGAUACUUAAAAAAACAAAAAAACCCACAGUGUUUUCAAGAGUUUGAGUGGAACCUGGUCUGUUUUGUCCCUUGACUCCAGAGGCCUUCAGAAGCCAUUUUUCAACCAACUCUCUUCUAGCUGCAUGCUGAGACCUGUAGUUCCUGCGGCCCAUUCAUACGUAAAACGUAAAACAAAAGUGCUGUGGCUGGCUGAGUUGUAGGCUGCAUCUGACCAUCUGGGUAAACGGUAUUGACUGUAUACAAAUUGCCACAGUAAUGGACUGAAAUAAAAUAUGGGUUUAUAUAAAACACUUGGAGACAUGUACAGUAUCCUGUCUGUACCCCUUCAAACACUGAUUCUCUGCUCUAAAAACUAAAAUCUUGGAGAUAGCUCAUGAUUUUUAGAAUCUGCUUUUCGAUAGAUUUCCUUAAUUAGAAGGGAAAUUUCAGGUGCUGAAUCUUAAAUCUCAUUAAACUUGUACUUUUUGUUUAUCUGCUCACCUGGUUUCCUCUCCUAUUAUGGCCUCCUGCAGUCUCAGGGUAUAUAAAUCACUAUGAUUCAUCCAAAUAACAAAAAGGACCAAUCAGAGGUUAACGUGCCUUUCUCUUAUGGUACCUUGAUCUUUGCAAAGUUAUCUGGCGGAAACUCAUCAUUGUCUUUUUCUAAGAUGUAAACAGUGAAGUUGCAACAAGUUUGUAUUGUUAGUUGUGACUUUUUUUCAUUUGACAUUCAAGAAUAUGGGAUAGACACAAAUCAAAUGCACUGAUUUUUGUCUUGGGAUGAGUCCUUGUACAGACAUCAGUGUUUACAUGUUUGGUAAUAUGUACAUAAGAUGCUGGAUCUUCUCCACUUGCCUAUGAUAUAUGUGUCAAUAUAUAUGAUGCACAAACUACACAGGAUGUUUAAAAUAUGUGGGGAUCACAACUUGUGACUUGGAGUUAGGAUGUCUUAAAGUGAACUGUAGUUCUUUUAAAAUGUUUUUCCACGUAGACUACACUUCAUAGACUUAAACAUCCAGUGCAUUGAAAAUAUCAUGACUUCUGUCACUUGCCUGCUUCUGUUUUAAGUUCAGGACCCAAUGUUUCUUUGGCAUAUGUUGCUAUUGUGUGCAUGCAUGCACAAAAAAAAUUUCGGUAUAGUUUAUAGCCUCAACUAUUUUGAUACAGUGCAGAAUCUUGAACUUGCACGUAAGCAGUUAAGCAAAGGGAGUAGAGGUUUUUCAAAUGUUCUGUCGUUCAUGUGUUUAACUUGAGGGCUAAAUGUUUAAAACUGUCCAUGCAAUUUGCAAAUUAAACAAUGGAAAGUUGCAGAUUGCAUGCAGAAACCAACUGAUUUGUAUAUGCAGCGCAGUGUCUAGAAAGUUAUCCCGUAAACAGCUGUUCUUCUCUGAAAAGUGACUUCAAAAAUAAAAAGGCUUUGUGGGGUUG